CCAUCCCCUCCCCCCAUUCUUCUCCCCUUCCCCCCAUUCUCCUCUCCUUCCUCCCUCUCUCUUCUUCCUUCCCAUUUCUCCCCCUUUCCUUCCCUCUUCUGCCCUUUCCUCUUCCCUUUACUUCUCCUUCUCUCUCACUUUCUUUCCCCCAAUCUCCCUUCUCUCUCCCACUUUCCCCCUCUCUUCUGCCAUUCUGCUUUCCUCCUUUCUCCCUUAUCUUUUCUUCUUUCCCUCUCCCUUCCUCCUUUCUUCUCUCCCUCUCUGCCUUUCUAGUCCCUCAAGGGUCAAGAGCCCCCAUUCUUCUCCCUUUUCUUCCUCCCCUCUCUCCUCUUUCUUCCCUCUCCUCCCUUUCCCCAUUCUUCUUUCCCCCUCUUCCCCUCAUUCUUCUCUUUUCUUCCCCCUAUUCUCCUCCUUCCUCCCUCCUCCCCCCCUUUUCUCCCUCUUUCCCCUUCUGCCUUCCCAGCCCCUCAGGGGCCAGAAGCCUCCUUUGGAUGCUGCCUCUUCCCCAGGCUUUGCCUGCUUGGUUGAUGUUCCUUACAAUAGGGGAAGGUAUGGCUUCCCCUGAUCAGGAGGUGUAAGGUCAGGAAACCAGAAGAGAGCAGAGACAGAGGAAAUGCAGGAGGGGGGGUGGCAAAAACCAGGAAAAGAGGGGUGAGGAUGGAAAGAAGAACUUCAGCCCCAGUCUUGAAAAAAGGUACUGGAGGCCCUAGAAAGAGGGAAAGAAAAUAAAUGCAGAUUGGGAGUGGAGGUGGGAACCAUUAGGAAAACAAAUUUUUCAAGUGAUGGAGAAGAGAGUUGGAAUAGAGAUGGAGAGGGAAAUAAUAACCUAAUCUUCCCCACCCCAUCCCACCCUUUUUUUUAAAUAGAGCAAUUGAAUGGCAGAAUCAGACUGGCCAGUUUUUAACCAGAAAUGGAUGAAACUAGAGUACUGGGAGUCAGUCAACAAGCAUUUAUGAAGGGCCUACCCUACUCUGUGUUAGAGCUGUGCUAAGCUCUGGGGAUAUAAAGAAAUGUAAAAGUAGACCCUGACCUAAAGGAGCUCUCACUAUAAUAGGGGAGACAGCAUGUAAUCAACUGUGUGCAAACAAGCUAGACAUAGAUAUCAGAUAGGUUGAAGAUAAUCUUAGGGGGAAAGUACUAUCAAGAGAGACUUGGAAGGUAACCAGGAGGCAGAGAUGAGGAGGGAGAAUUCUAGGCAUGAGGGUCAGCUUGUGAAAUUCACUAUCUUGUUCAUGGAAUAUCAAGGAGGCCAGUGUCACUGAAUCACAGAGUGGAGUGGGGUAGGGGGAACAGUUGAAAUACUGGAAAGGUAGGAAGGCUAGGUUAGGAAGAGUUUUAAAAGUCAAACCAAAGUUCUUCUUUUUGAUCCUAGAGGUAAUAGGGAAUUAAUGAAUUGUGGGGAGGGAGUGAUGAGAUCAGAUCUGAGCUUUAGGAAGUAAAGUAGAGAACAGCUUGGAAUGGGAAGAGACUUGAGCAGGAAGUUAGCAAAGGAAGAGCUAUGUUGGGGAAUUAAGGAGGUAGAUAAAAGUUGACUUUGGAGUCCUGCAGGUAGCCUUCAUUCUGCCUCCACUUAAUGCAGCUCUUCAUUUGUGAGUCUUCCAAUCCCUAGACUCUCCUUUUUCCACUCUCAAUUAAGAAAGAUGGCAGAGUAGGACCAGAGAUUCCAAGACAUCUUCUAGUCUGGCCCUUAUUAGCUGCCUACCUCAAUAAGACUUUUAAAUUGUUCCCAGACACAUUGGAAUUUCAAACCUGGCUGACUUUCAGAGUAAUAGAAAUAAGAGUUGGGGGAAACGGGCAGGUGUGGGGAAAUUGCUCUCAUUGCAAGAAAUACCAUCCAUGGCACCACUCUACCAGAGUUACCUCUAUCAGUACUCUCUCCAUUCUCUUCAAAAUCUUUUGGAGUCCCCAGUCUUGUCCUUUAGCAAUAGUUUGUGAUGAAUUUGUUGUUUUCGGGGUACUCCUGAUAGCUUCUUCUAUAAAUACAUUAUUAGAGAUGUGAAAUGUUCAAUUGUCCUUUCUCCUCUCUGCACCCCAAAAUAUGGAUGUAUUUCAUGGGAACUCUAGCAUCUUCUAGCUCUCUCACCUGGCAUGGUUUAACAUGCUUCUUACCAGAUCGCCACUCUUAAGUGUAACUUCUACAUUACUGAGAAGUUAGAAAGCAAGAGGGACCUCUAGAAUAUAUGGUGUGAAAAAAUAUGAGAUGGAAGUAGAACUCUGAAAACCGUGCUGGAAUUUGCUUCACUUUUCUGUCACCACAUUCAGGGAGGUAUCCAAAUCAGGCCUUAGGCCAUGGCAGCCCCUACCUAGCAUGUAGUAGGCACUUCAUAAAAGCUUGUUGAAUUGAAUGCCCUAUGCAGAAGUUACCUUGAUUGCCCAAGACCAUGCCAUAUUUCAAUCUCAAGAUAAUUUUUUCCAACCAACCACAUAUUUUAUUGUGCUGUUGCCUACUGUCCUACCCAGUUAGUUUGCUCCAAUAAUUAGAACACAUAUAUGUGUGUGUUUUUUAAGUGUGUAAGAAAACUUGAAAAUUUAAAUUUGUGAAACAACUAAAUUAGGGUGAUUUUUAAAUUUUUUUAUUUAUUUUUAAAAAGGAUUCACUUAGAUAAUAACUUUUCCUGGUGUUUAAAGGUCUGUCUUGAUUUUACAAUUCAGUUUUCAAAAAAACUUUAAGGACACAUCUUUUGUGUAAAGUGGAAGAGUGUGUGUGUGUGUGUUACAAACAUAUACACACAUGUAUUAUGGUGGUUGUUUUUUGCGAACACAUCAUUAAACAAAUUAUUAUGUUCUGAGUCCCAGACCACACCCCUUCCUUUUCUAAUGCCAUUAUUAGAUGAUUAUGUUUCAGCACCUGUUUUAGAUAUUGGCAGUACUGCAACUAAAUAUCCUGGGCCAUGAAAAAUAAUUAGGAGAGUAAAGCUGUUGUGUGUGUGUGCGCGUGCGUGCAUGUGUGUGUGUGUGUUAUGUGUAUGCAUAGCUUACAUUUUCUUCCUUAGUCAAAGGCAAAGACUUGUGAAUUAUCAUUUAUUUAAUCUGUGCCUAUGCUGUCUUCCAUUGGUCCAGAGAAUUGGAUGUUGACUGGGUACAACAGUACUAAAAAGUUUAUCUGUGCUUAUUUCCUAGGGAGUCCUCAUUUUGGCAGCCUGGAAUGAGGUCUCUGAAUAUUGGAAAUCUAUAAGUAUUCCAUCUUUCUCACCAGACAUAUUGCUUCUCCCUCUUUCUCCAGUCCUGCCUUUCUUUAGAGCUAUUUGCAAGAAGCCACAUAGACAGGAAUGACUUUAUUUCUUUUCUCAUGGCCUUCUUCUCAAUGAUGAGGGAAGAGUGAGAAAUAGAAGGGAAUAAAUGGAGCUGAAAAUUUUGUAAGUUGGUGCCUCAAUUCCAUGAAUAAUGGAAAAUGGAGCUAGAUUUAUUCUAGAUUCUCCAUCAAAGUCUGGGAACUGACUUUCCAACAGAGAUUGGGCAGAAUUUAAAUGUUUGUUGAGUACCUAUUCUCUAUAGGGCAUUGUAGUAGACCCUAAUUGUGGGAUUAAAAAGAAUGUAAGAGUUUAUGUCUUCCAGAAACUUAUCUGUUGGAAGAGACAUACAUGUGAAGUAACUAGGGACCAAUUGCAAAGCAACAUAUAAAGUACAAAAUACCACAGUAUAAUGUGGACUAAGUAAAUAUGUGCUGAAUGGGACAAAGAAAUUAUAGAAGUGGGGACGGAAUGGAAUUAAUCAGAAAAAAGGAGCCUUGAAAGAGUCGGUUCCCGAUUCUGGCCCCAGGCCCUUGGCUACACCUGCCCCUUUCCCACCGGGGCCCCCCAUGAUGCCACCACCCUUCAUGCCCCCUCCAGGGAUCCCUCCACCCUUCCCCCCAAUGGGGCUGCCUCCCAUGAACCAGAGACCACCUGCCAUCCCUCCCAUCCCCCCUGGCAUGAUGCCCCCGAUGCUCCCACCAAUGGGGGGGCCACCACCAAUUACACAGAUACCAGGGAUGGUACCACCCAUGAUGCCAGGGAUGCUGAUGCCCGCGGUGCCUGUCACUGCAGCGACGGCCCCAGGUGUGGACACCGCCAGCUCUGUUGUGGCUGGAGCAGACCCUACGAGGGUCUUGUGGAGUGAACACGUGGCUCCUGAUGGGCGAAUCUACUACUACAAUGCUGAUGAUAAGCAGUCUGUGUGGGAGAAGCCUAGCAUACUCAAGUCCAAAGCUGAGUUGCUGUUGGCCCAGUGCCCCUGGAAAGAGUACAAGGCAGACACUGGCAAACCCUACUACUACAACAACCAGAGUAAGGAGUCCCGGUGGACCCGGCCUAAGGACCUGGAGGAACUGGAGGCUUUGGUCAAACAGGAGGCUGCAGGGAAGCAGCAGCCACAAGUACAGCCUGAGCCACCUCCUGCUACUCCUGGACCAACCCCAGUCCCUACAGGCCUCAUAGAACCUGAGCCAGGUGGGCAUGAAGACUCUGAGCUGUCAGAACCUGCCCAGCCUCUAGAUCAGGGGCUACAUCAGGAGGAGAGCACUAGCAGUGCUGGUAGGCGGCCAGAGGAGGAAGAGCCAAAGCUCGAGUCAGAGAGGUCAAGCUUCAGCUGGAGCAAUCGAGAAAAGGCAAAGCAGGCAUUCAAGGAAUUGCUAAGGGACAAGGCCGUCCCCUCCAAUGCUUCAUGGGAACAAGCCAUGAAGAUGGUGGUCACUGACCCCCGCUACAGUGCCCUGCCAAAACUAAGUGAGAAAAAGCAGGCGUUCAAUGCCUACAAAGCACAGCGGGAGAAAGAAGAAAAGGAAGAGGCCCGCUUGAGGGCCAAAGAGGCCAAGCAGACCCUCCAGCACUUUCUGGAACAGCAUGACCGAAUGAGCUCUACCACAAGAUACCGGCGAGCUGAACAAACAUUUGGGGAACUAGAAGUUUGGGCAGUAGUACCCGAGCGGGACCGUAAAGAAAUUUAUGAUGAUGUCCUUUUCUUCCUCGCCAAAAAGGAGAAGGAGCAGGCUAAACAACUGCGUCGUCGCAAUAUCCAGGCACUAAAGAGCAUCCUGGAUGGAAUGAGCAGUGUCAGCUUCCAAACUACCUGGUCCCAAGCUCAACAGCACCUCAUGGACAACCCCAGCUUUGCCCAGGACCACCAGCUGCAGAACAUGGACAAGGAGGAUGCGCUGAUCUGCUUUGAGGAGCACAUCCGAGCACUGGAGCGAGAGGAAGAGGAAGAGCGAGAGCGGGCCCGACUUCGGGAACGGCGCCAGCAUCGCAAGAACAGAGAAGCCUUCCAGACCUUCCUGGACGAGCUGCACGAGACAGGGCAGCUGCACUCCAUGUCUACCUGGAUGGAGCUGUACCCAGCGGUCAGCACCGAUGCCCGCUUUGCCAACAUGCUGGGCCAGCCGGGCUCCACCCCUCUGGAUCUCUUCAAGUUUUAUGUAGAAGAUCUGAAGGCCAGAUUUCAUGAUGAGAAGAAGAUCAUUAAGGAUAUCCUUAAGGACCGGGGUUUCAGUGUAGAAGUGAACACAGCCUUUGAGGACUUUGCACAUGUCAUCAGCUUUGACAAGAGGGCUGCUGCACUGGAUGCUGGAAAUAUCAAGCUGACCUUCAACAGCCUCCUGGAGAAAGCAGAGGCACGAGAACGGGAGAGGGAGAAGGAAGAAGCCCGGAGGCUUCGACGUAGGGAAGCUGCCUUUCGGAGCAUGCUGAGGCAAGCUGCCCCUGCCCUGGAGCCUGGCACUAGCUGGGAAGAGGUUCGAGAGCGCUUCGUGUGUGACUCUGCCUUUGAACAGAUCACACUGGAAUCUGAGCGAAUACGUCUCUUCCGAGAGUUCUUACAGAGUGAGUGCCAGCACUUUCACAUCAAAGGCAGAAAACAUGGCAAAAAGGGCAAGAAACAUCAUCGAAAGCGAUCCCAUUCACCCUCGGGUUCUGAAUCUGAGGAUGAUGAGCAGCCGCCUCUUCUUCGGCCUUCCAAACGCAGAAAAUGGAAUCCCUCCGAGUCAGGCUCAGAGCCCUCAUCUUCCCUGGAUUCAGCUGAGAGUGGGGGUGGGCCCUUCGGGAGCCGGGGCUCUCCUUCCAGCCGCCCUGCUCUUGGAUCAGAUCAUGGCUUCCGGAAGUCUAAGAAGCCGAAGAAGAAAGGCAAGAAGAAGAGGCACAAGUCGAACAGUCCUGAGAGUGAAAUAGAACGAGAGAAAGAGAAAGGAGGCAAGGAAAUGGAAGAGAAAGAACGAGAACGGGACAAGGAGAGGGAGCCCCGGAGGCCAGAGCCCCGGAAUCGGUCCCCUGGCCUCGGACUUAAGAAAGAGAAGACAGGCUGGGAUACAUCAGAGAGUGAGCUGAGUGAAGGGGAACUGGAACGGCGCCGCCGGACACUUCUGCAGCAGCUGGACGAUCAGCAAUGACCCUGAUACUCUCCCCUUGUGGGAAUGUGUGAGGCCUGUGUUCCUAGCAUCACCCUUGUUAGCCAAGCUCCCUAACCCAGGACUCCUUCCUUAGUCUGGUCAAUGUCCAUUGCCCCAAAGCACCCUGUUCCUUUUUGGCAAAACCCCUCCAAAUGCCAUCAUCAGCACUACAAGGUUGCCCCAGCUGCUCUUCAGAGGCCUCCCAUAUCUUGGGCAUCCAAUAUAAUCCCCAGCAUCCCAAUCCCUGCUCCCUUGUCCAAGCCCAAUGGGGUUAGGCAGCGCCGAUAUGAGAGUGAGGAGGUAUGGCAGGGAGAGUUGUGCCACUACUACUUGUCAUUACCUCUUGUCCUUAGGAAGGGUCACAGUGUGAGAGAAGUGCAUUCUGCCAAUGGGCACUGAGCCAGUUGGGAAUGGGGGGGAGGAGGGAGGCAUUCUAGGCCAUUCAAAGUAGCUCUCUGCCCCUACCCCUCCUACCCUGGCCCAAUGGCACUACCUCUUCCUCUCUCCAACCUGGGAACUCAGUGUUUUUUUUUAAUUAUUAAUAAUGAUAAUAUUUAUAACAUGG